AUGAUCUUAGCCGUCAAAUUAUUUAAUAAAGUCACUUGCAGACGAAAGUUUUGGGAGGCCUUCCACAGCUUGUUGGCUGGACUACUUUUCUCUUAUUCUGUAUCUACUGGUGCCUCGGAAUCGCGUCAUUCGAGCAGGAACUCAGAGAAAGGUGAACCUCAUCCGCUCCCUUCUCCGCAAGGAACUGAUAAAGGAUGCCAAUGCGAUGAUCCUCUGACAGCCGCGACACUAUUCGGACUCAUCCACAGUCAGGCGAGUGGAAACACAAACUAUCGUCCCAAGCUCGGUCAGCAGUCCGGCUAUUCGAGCAGACUUGGUGACAUUUCCGGCACUCAUGUACCCAGGAGUGCCGAGGGUGCUGGUGCAAACUUUAUAAAAAAAAGUAAUAAUAAAAAUAAUAACAAUCCCAAUAAUAAUAACAAUAAUAAUAAUAACGUUGCAGCCAAUCAGUUCUAUUGGUCCGGUUGCUCUGACAACGUCAAAAUCGCCAAAGCCUAUGCAAAGGCCUUCCUCGGCUUUCAUCGGCCCAGUGGACGCAUUCGCCGGCACAACCUGGGCACCGGAAAACGCCAACGACGCCAAAACUCGAGCCCAGCCUCUUCCGCCGGUCUCGGAGGCAUGGCCAGGUCGAGUGACAGACGACAGACAGAGACGACCUACGCCUCCUCCGACGCCGCUGUUGGCGUCCAGAUGGGGCCCGAGACGGAGUCCGGCGAAAGCGACGACUCACGAAACGAGGGUGGCCGAAGUGAGUCCCUCGUGGGACCGACCAGCGCCGACGAGUUGGGAUCCGCCUCCGAAGGACUGACGCGAAAAGAGGUGAUGCAGCUGAUGCUGGGCCUAAUGAAUGCGCACAACUAUCGAGCCGGAGUGCAG